UUCGCGAUUGUUACCAUGGAUCAUCCGAAGAAGCAGAUCUCCCAUGUUAUCAAUCUCCUAUGCGAAGGGUCUCCAGUCGACCAGAAGCAUGCUCUCGACACUUAUUUCCUGCCCGACGCCAGCUUUACCCAUCCUCUGUGCCGCGUGCCCAGUUUCUCUCAUGUCGCACUCCCCCUGAUCGGAGAGAUUAACUCGCGAUGGGUUAUCUGGAUGAUCUACCGCUGGUACAAGAUCCUAUCGCCGCGGAUCCUCCUCACCGUUAAAUGCGAAGAAUUCAACCAGAAAUCGCAAAUCCUAUUCGUCGAGAUCACCCAACGCUUCUCCCCCAUCUAUCUCCCCUUCUACAAUCCCGACGUGCACCUCACGACAAAACUGCAUCUGGUGCAGGACUCCGAGACGCAGAAGUACCACAUAGCGAGCCAGGAAGAUCUGUACCAGACGAAUGAGCUGCUGAGGUUUGUGCUGCCCGGCGGUGCGACCCUGCUUUGGGUCUGGCAGCUGUUCGCCACGUUCUUGUGUAUUGUGGGAGCGGUGCUGUUGGCCCCUGUCACAUGGGUCGAGCAGAGACAGGCGAAUGUGAAGGGAAAUGGGGCGCAGACUAUGUUGUGAGAAGUGAUCAUAGCGGGGAGGUUGAUCUUCCCCAUUCCACUUCACUGUAUCUUCUUCUCCUUUGCAUAUACCUCUCUCAUGUACCACCCAACUGCCCUCUCCAACCCCGCCUCGGUGGUAAACCGCGCCCGAUAUCCUAACCUCUCCUCGAUCUUGUUUAAUACUAAAUGUGCGCUCAAUUAUAAUAACGAGAGAUUUCUGGAACCCUGAUUAAAUGCAGAUAUAUAAAAGGAUGAGAAGUUCUUCGAAAAGGUGGUCUCGGUGAAGGGGAAGAAUCAGAUAAGGAUGUUGAAAAGUCUUAGCCCCGCUGCAAGGAAGGUAAUAUACAGAACAUUCUACAUUUUGAUAGCUGACCCUCGAAGCUGGUGGAUGGAGCAAUUUAUCAUAGAAGAAGAUAGCCUGACAGACAUAAAAGUUGAUAUUUCCC